AUGAAACCCAUCAGCCUGCUCACCUCUCUCGCUGGCGCUGGCCUGCUCACGGUCACACUAGUCCACGCUGAGAUUGAUCUCUCGAGUCCUUUUCAGGGCGUCUCUUUCCAACGCAUCAAGGCAGUCCGUGAUCGAUCCUCCGACGAGACCUCAACUCACCGCCAGGUCCUGAAGCCCUUUCAUGGUCGCAUCACCAGACACAAUGCCGCUUCCGCCAUUGCUGCCGCUGAGAAGGGGCAGCCCGGCGCAGGCUACCAGAACAUCACCGCCCUUUCGCCCUACGGGACGCAGUAUGCCAUGGAAGUCAUCUGGGAUGGCACGCCUAUUCAGAUGAUAUUCGACACUGGAAGCAGCGAUACCUGGGCGGCCCGGUCCGACUUUUCCUGCACCAAUCGAGGCGGAACCAUAGAAUACCCUCAAGAGUCGUGCAGUUUCGGCAACCCCGCAAUCGACAGCUUCAAGUAUGGCGAGAUCCCCGACAUACACUUCACCCUCGGCUACGGCUCCGGUGAACGCGUCUCCGGCCCCAUGGGCUACAGCGACCUGACCGUUGCUGGUAUCACCGUCAAACAAACGCAGGUCGGCCUGGCCAACCAAACCUUUUGGUACGGUAACAACGUGACCCAGGGCAUUCUUGGCAUGGCGUACCCUGCCUUGACGAGUGCCUAUUCGGGGAGCCUCAGCGAGAACCGCCAGGCGUUCCAGAUCCCUUAUGCCCCUUUCUUCACCAGCAUGGUUCAGCAGGGACUCAGUGAUGCUAGCUUCAGCGUCGCUCUUGCCCGCAACUCGUCCAACGGCCUCAUCGCCUGGGGUGGCCGCACUGGCCUGCCCACGACGGGCCCGACCGCUUCUACCGACCUCAUCGUUGCCAAUAUCAACCCAACAAGGAGCGAAACAGCCUGGAAAUACUCGUAUUAUACCAUUAUUGUCGAAGGCGUCCAGUGGGCACAAACAGUCGACUCGACACAUUGUGCCUACAUCGUCGAUACCGCGACGACACUGACUUAUGUGCCGCCGCAAGUGGCCGAAGCCAUUGCCAAUGCUUUCGAGCCCGCCGCCAUGUACAUGUUCUCAUACGGCGGCUACUUUGCACCAUGCGAUGCCAUCGCGCCCAGGAUUGCUUUCCAUAUUGGAGGCGAGAAAUUCUUCAUCAACCCUGUCGACAUGAUGUGGCGUCAUCUGAAGGACCCCCUGACCGGAUACUGCCAGAUUGGCAUCUCGACGGGCGGACCAGGGCCUUAUAUCCUGGGCAUGACGUUUUUGCAAAACGUUGAGGUUGAGUUUGAUGUUGGCGCAGCCGAAGUACGUUUUCACGGCCGCCAGUUUUACGGACCAACCCCGGCACUCCCCGAACAGUAG